CUUGAUAAAAUAAAUGGUCCACUAUGAGUAGCUAUAGAUAUACUUUUGUAAUGGUCAAAGGAGCCAAAGAAGCAACACCUACUUUCUAUAUUGGAUUUUGCCCUUGUACUUAAUUACCAUAAAUCUUUAAAUAUGUAAUUUAAACUCAUUUUUCCAAAUUCCAAAUGGCCGUGUAACUAGUUUAUAAUCUUUUAGAACUACCUUGCAUGAGCUCUUAUUAUUACUGCUCAAAAAAUGGAGUUUUGGAGCUUCUCUUUCCUUCUACUUUGUAUGUUUCGGUUAGUGUUUUCACAAUCAACAACUGACCCCAAUGAAGUGGCUGCACUUAAAAAGAUGAUAGAUUACUGGAAAUUAGGAAGGUAUUUGAAUCUUUCAACUGACCCUUGCAACCCAAAUUCGAAAUGGGCACCUGAGACUGCAAACCCUCGUGUAGCUUGUGAUUGCUUGAGUAGCACCUGUCAUAUAACCCACCUGAAGAUAUAUGCUUUAGAUAUUUAUGGUGAAAUACCAAAAGAGCUUUUUCAGCUUAAGAAACUAAUGGACUUGAAUCUUGCUCAGAAUGUUCUGAGUGGCUUUAUCCCUGCUGAAAUUGGACAAUUAUCAGAAAUGCAGUACCUGAGCCUUGGCAUAAACAAUCUGACAGGGCCGGUGCCCCCGGAGCUAGGCAAUUUAACCAAGAUGGUUUCUCUAAGUUUUAGUUCAAAUGGUUUUGUGGGAGAAUUACCUACACAACUUGGAAAAUUGACCUCCCUAGAGCAGUUGUACAUUGAUAGCAGUGGAGUUACAGGACCAAUUCCACAAGAAUUUGCAAACUUAAAAUCCCUUAGAAUUCUUUGGGCAUCUGAUAAUCUAUUCACCGGAAAACUCCCACAAUUCUUGGGGACUCUCACUGAAUUCAUAGACCUACGAAUCGAAGGAACAUCUCUCGAAGGCCCGAUUCCUAGCAGUUUUAGCGCUCUAACUAAACUUGAGACCCUGAGAAUUGGUGAUCUAAGCCUUGAAGAUUCUUCUCUUAAUUUCUUGGAAAAUCAAACUAGUUUGUCCAUUCUGACUUUGAGAAAUUGUCGAUUGUCUGGCGAAAUUCCACAACGAAUUGGUAGGCUGGUAGAGUUGCAGCAACUGGACUUAAGCUUUAACAAGUUGACUGGCUCAAUACCAAACUCAUUCCAAGACUUAACAAUGUUAACUUAUCUAUAUCUUGGAAACAACAACAUGAGGGGAGAGUUACCUGAAAAUAUCAUUACUCCAAAGCUUUUAGCAUUAGAUGUUUCUUUCAACAAUAUAACUGGAAAUGUUCCUCCAAACUAUGCUAAAACAGGAUUUUCGAUGAAUGUCCUCGGAACCUCAAUCAAUGCAAACACUUUACUUGACAGGAAAUCACUUGACCUUCUGCUCUGCCUCCAACAAGAGAGUAAAUGUGCUAAUCAAGCACCAACAUCAUCAUUCUCUGUUAAAAGUGGUGGGACAGAAGUAGUAUCUGCAUCAGGCACCAAGUAUGCAGCUGAUUCUGAACAACUAGGAGCAGCAUCAUUGUACACAAAUUCUAAGCUCAACUGGGCAGUAAGCAAUACCGGGAACUUCUUGUUCAGUCCAAAAGGGCCUCAAUAUAUAGCAAGUACAAAUUCCCAAAUCACAAAAACUUUGGACUCUGAACUGUACAAAACAGCUAGAAUUUCACCAAACUCGCUAAGAUACUUCGGCUUUGGUUUGGUGAACGGGGAGUAUGUAGUUGAGCUUCACUUUGCCGAGAUAGCGAUGGGGGACAGUCGAACUUGGAAAGCCCUUGGAAGGCGCAUAUUUGAUGUUUACAUUCAGGGUGACAAAGUAGUAAAAGACUUGAAUAUUAAGAAAGAAGCCGGGGGAUCGAAAAGUGCAUUGGUGAAAACAUUCAAAGUCAAUGUGACAAACUCAGUCAUGGAUAUCCACUUCUUUUGGGCUGGGAAAGGAACUUGUUGCAUUCCUUUUCAAGGCACAUAUGGACCUUUGGUGUCGGCCAUUAAUGUCUACCAAGGUGGAAUUGGUUCAGCUUCGAAAAGGAACAAGAAGAAUGUUGGAAAAGUAGUAGGGAUAGCACUAGGAUGUGUGGCGGGCAUGGCUAUUAUCUUGUCAUUGUUCUAUCUUUGGUGGACAAAGCGUGCAUUACAACAUACACUAGUUGAAACGGACUCACCCAAAAAAUGAUUGAAUUGAACUCAUCAAAGAAAAUUAAGAAUGGUGUCCUAUUUUAUCGUAUGUAUAUGUAUAUCAUGCUAUAAGCUUUGUUCAAUGUUAAUAUUAAUAAUGAUUAAUAAAGUGAAGGGGAUAAUCUUUCAAGCCAUUGUCUUUAAAAUGUAAUGUCAUUUACAUAUAUGGUUUCAAUUUGGAUUGAAUGUCCAUGUCUUGAAUAGACGUUAUUUUGUUUGGCACUCACUUUUGUCACCAAA